GAACAAACUGGUAAAUAAAAGCGCUCAAGAAUCACGAUAAUUACGUAUGGUUAUGUAAUUCAACUUCUAAAUAUCUACAAUGCGGUGUAUUUUAAUCUUUUAUAAUCUUAAUGAUAUCCUUUUCUCAAAAUAUGAUAAGAAAUUCUCUAAACAUUUUCGAAAAUUGGCCAAGAAUCAAGGUUUGUUAGACGAGAAUUCUAAGAAUGAACAGAAUGGUGUUAGUAACAACGUACUCAUUCAGCUUUUUUCACCAAUUGUUACUUCCCAGCAGAUUAUGACUUCUCAGUUUGGAAACUCCUACACUUCAAUUCAGUGCUUCGAUGGAACAAAUAUGGUUUUUGAUGAAUAUAUGGGAUUCCUGUUUGUACACAUUGGGCUACAAGAGAUAGCAUGGAUGAAGCGGAUGUUAAGUGUAUGCAUUUGUCUGGCACAGCAUCUAUGUGGCCCAGAUGUAACAGAGUUGAAGACUAACAGUGAUCGUGGAGAGCUACUAUCUCACCUGAUAGACACAUGGCACUACCUAGCAGACAACGACCAGGCAUGUCUAGUGGAAGCGGUCGAGCAGCUCUCAGUCAAUCCCGAGCUAAACAUCACUGUUAUCAAAGCACUACGUGAGGCAGCCAAUAAAAUGAAAUCUUCAGUCGACCACUCCAAAUGUCAUGCUCUUAUUUUUGUUGAAAACAAAUUACUUUCAUUAUACUCUAGCCGAGAUGCGGACGACCUGGGAGCUGCUGAUAUCUUGUUUCUCAAUAUAUUAAAUGAAGGCUACCAUCGACAACACGUGACUGAAGCAGAGGCUGAGAGUGACCUGGAGGGCAACUCUAGUGAAGAGUUCUACAGUCCACCUUCUAGUCCUGUCAGGAUAACUACGAACAGUGGCAAUCAAGACAGUGUCUACAGUGACCUUGUUAUUCUAUCUGGCAAUGGUAACUUCAGUCCUCACAUAGUGCAUAUGUCAACAUUGUCUGAGGGAGUUUCACUGUUACUUCUUUAUCAGACAAGUCAUGAAGCAUUAUGCACUGGAUUGCAUGAUGCAUUCUCGGCUCUUGUUUUAAUACAAAAUAUACAGAUGAGCGAAAAUGGAGAAGAAGGUGUUCGAAAAGUACUUGAAAUUCUUGAUGGAGCUAUGAAAAGAAUAUUUGACACACUAAAAAAGAAUAAAAGUCACAACACACCUCAUGUUGAAACCAUUACCAAACAACUUCACUCCAAAUGGGACCAGUUAAAGAAGAAGCUACAAGAGGUGGUGAAGGAGCGUGAAGGGUCCCUUGAAGUGGACUCCCUGUCUACUGGUCUACAUGUAUUGCUGCAGUCCCUACUACGGCUCACAUGUCUAGACAACACAGGCCUGACCCGAGGUGAAGAUGCAGCUGAACUAGUCACCCAUCAGGUGCGAGCUUCCCUCACCGACUUUACAGCCUUUUUGAAAGUCAAGGCCAUCCGAAACUUUACUCUUGGAUCAAGAACUUCAUUGACAAUCAAUAAAUACCUGGAAGAGUUUCCUGGAUUGGUUCACUUCAUGUACAUUGACCGAGCAAAUCACAGAGUAACUGCUCCAAGUCUAGACUUCUCAUCAGAAGAGACAGUUAAUCUUACCAAGAGAAAGAUAUGGUCCAUGGUGGAGUUGAGCCGCAACCACUUACAAGAUGGCCACAUGGCAGUCAUGUGGAAAGACACAACCUUCAACUAUGCGUAUUACCUGUGGUUUGAGGAUAAUACUGGAUCGCCCAUCAAGCCUAAAGUAUGUCCUACAACUACUGUCAAAACACUACCCGUUCCAGGAAUUAUGUGUGGGGAUUUUUACAGAAGGUUGACAGAAGUGUGUUUCCCCAAGUCGGUGGCCAGCAAAGUGCGCUGUUACGAGCUAUAUUGCAUUCAUCUUGGUCUGGCUACGUCCUCCUGUGUGUUGGAACACUCUCGUCGUCUUGCUGCCACCAUCUUCGAGGUUACUGGUCAGCCCAACCCUCUAGACAUACUCUAACAACAACCACCAUCUUGUAGUCUACACAUUCAACCAUAUAAAACAACCAGUUAAAUUCUCAUCAAGUCCAGACUUUACGUUUACAAGCAAUGUAUCAGCUAAAAUAUCAUAAUUAAAAUUUAAUAUGUGGAAAAGUCAAUGGUUGAAACAUGCUGAACCCCCCUAAAUUCAACUUUAUAAAAUUUUAAUUUGUUGUGAAAUGUUGUUAGGUCUGUAAUGGCAAAUGUCCACUGACAGUUCAACCAAUUUAUCACCACACUGUGAGGGUUGAAUAUUUACAGGAUGUAAGUAUGCUCUUUUAGGAUUACAGUACUAGUUAUACCAACUGCUCUGCAAGGAAAGUCCUCUUGCGUAGUAUGUCUGUUAAUCUUGAACUUUUAAGUUUUUUAACAUUUUUAUAUCUUUUUUAUCAAAAUAUUUUAGUCUUUGUUAUUGUUGUGUGGUUGAGUUUGUUUGCAACUUUUUUAUGUAUUUAUUUAAGAUAUUAGAAGAAUCUUAGGCAUAAAGAUAGUAGUAAAUGCUAGAAAUAUAUAGGUUUUUGUUUUUGACGUUUAUUGAUAUUGCAGGAUGAAUGAAAUGGAAUUUAAAAGGAAGAUAAAAAUAACACCAGUGGUAGUGUAUAAAAACUAUGUGCAAUAUUAAAAAUAAUGUAUUAUAGCUUAGUUUACAAAACAAUAGGUUAAGUUUCUACAAUUGUAUUUUUCACUAUCAUUUGUCGUUAAAAUUAGUAAUUCCAUUUGAGGUAGAAUUUUUUCCCCAUUUUUCAGCGAGUAUAGUUUGCCAUUCCAGUAGUCGGGAAAAUGGUGCCCGGCGACUUAUACUCGCCAUUUGACCGCAAAAAUCAACUUUUUCGAUUUUUGAUAGUAUUUUUUUUUUAGUAUAGGUAUAGCCAUUUUUUAGCAGUCGGGAAAAUGGCGGGCAGCGACCUAUACUCGCCAUUCGACCUCAAAGGGUAAUUUUAUAUUUAUAUUUUACAUUCAUAGUGUAAUUUUAUUUAGCAUUGCAUUGUUUCAUUGUUGCAUUGUUUUGGUAUUUUUCUUUUGUUUAUUUCUGAGGAAGUAUUUAAAAACAGCAAUGUAAUGAUUUUAUUUCCUUAAAGCAUUCCUUAACAUUUUUUGUUAUAUGUGUGUAUGUGUUUUUACAAAUAAAACUAAAAUGUUAUACUUAUACAGGAUUAGUCUUAAAGUGUCCAGUAUUGAUUUCAGACAUACCAUUGACUCUGCAAACACUUAUCAUGUGUUUUAUGGGGGGCCCAUAUUCAGUGCCGGAUUUAGGGUACUUGUGGCCCUAGGCCGAAUUACUUGAGCGGCCCUCUCCUUGUGGUGGAAAUUCCUUGAGAUCGCGGAAGUAAUCAUGAAUACCUCCUAUGCAUCUAAGAGACAUCAUCAUCGACACCCGUGAUCGUUGAUGAAAUAGUGGACAUCUCUCCUAAACCAAGUCAAAGCCAUCAUAGGUAUCCGUGACCGUGGCCGCGACAAAAUCAUGAACAUCCUCCGCGGGCUGCAACAAAGGGACAUCAUCCUAGACACUCGGGACCGCGGCAAAAUCGUGAUCAUAUCCAGUGAGCUGUGACCUUGAGGACAUCAUCGACACUUGCGAUCGCGGCAAAGUCGUGUUAAAACAUCUUCCGUGGACUGCGAUCAUGAGGACAUCAUCAUUGUCAAGCCGCGGCAAAAUCGUUAAUAUCUCCUGUGAGCCGCUAUCACGGGGAAAUCAUCAUCAACAAUCGCGGUGAAAUCAUGAACAUCUUGACAAACUGGUGGUUUUAAAAAAUUAAUUAAUUUUUGAUCUAAAAAAUGUUUCUCUCAAUACUCUGCAGCCCUAGGCCGCGGCCUAAUCGACCUAGUGGUAAAUCCGGCACUGCCCAUAUUAUUAGUCGAUAACUAACUCAUAAACUUAAGAAUAAAGGUAAAUUUAAAAUUUGAAGGUUGCUUGGAAUCAAAAUACCUUUAAAAUUAUAUGCAAUUUGACAUAUGACGCUGUUUGAACUUUUUAAAUUUUGGAUAUGUUCCUAUUUUUUAAAUAUAAAUUGAAAUUUUAAUUAUUAUAGUCUCUAUUUUCAAGAUAACUACAUGGUAUUAAACAAAUACAAAACUUUCCACAAAAAGCAUUUUGAAACAAAUGAAAAUCGGCAAAUUCUGAUUCCACCAAAAUAUUUGUAUUCAAAUAUUAUUUUAAAGUGACCUAUAAUGUGAGAUAAAAUAACUGUAUUUGAAAACUGAUUUUGAGAUUCAAAGUUGUGAACCUCAGUUUUUGGAACAUUCUGUUAAUUUCAUUCAUAAAAAAUUAAGAAAUUAUUACAGUAUUCCUUGUGAUUGGUUUAAAGGAAAAAAUCUAGUUUCAUCGUUUUAGGACCAAUGGUUUGUCUGAAAUCAACACUGGACACCUUCGGAGAUUUACCCUUUGUAUUUGAAUUAAGUGGCAGCCAAAUAAAUAUUUAUUUAUUAUUAGUUUGAUACAAGUAGUGGUGUGUCAGUACCUUGAGACAUAUCUCGGUACCGCUUGUUUUUGGAAAAGUACCGGUACCUUGAACCGGCGGUACUGGUACUUCAGUUCCAACAGAGCAAUGUCCUUUUGACAUUCUGACGACAGGGCAACAUUGUAUGCAUCCAGUACGAUUGCAGCAACAACCGCGAACAACAGUUCUGAUCACAAUCAACUCCCGUUAUCUCAAGUUUCCUAAUUAACAUACAAUGCAACAGAUCAAACCACCCUAGAUGAUAAUAAUAAGUACAGUGAAUAUGUUUUAUUCAAAAUUCUUUGAUUUGAAUUUUUAUCUCGGUCUCUAGAACUACAAAAAAAGACAACUCUCAGUAGUUUACCAAAACAUGCCAAGGUUUUCUUAAUAUGGAUGACAUUUUAUUAUUUUGUGUCACUGUCAUAUGAAAAAAUGUCAUUAUUUGCAACCUACAUAGUUCCGUACUAUUUAGUUAAUAAUUAUAUUAAUAUUAAUAUUAAAUAUUAACAAUUAUUAGUGGAAGAGGAGAACCGAGAAUAAGUUUUGCUUAAGAACCAGUAUUAGUAGUCUAUUAAGGUUCACACG